AUGGCAUUCCUCAACUUUACUCAAGACGAAAGAAUUCACGAUAUUUGGGCAAAAAAUAUAUUCGACAUACAGAGGGAUACUUCCACUUCCAGAAAUUUUAUCAUAAAAAGUGCCUUUGCAUGGAUAAACGUUAAUAAUUUUUAUUAUCUAGUACCACGAAAAGUCAGUAGCUCAACUACAGUACCGUCAAGCCCGUCGCCACUUGGACUUCAACCUAAAUUGGUGGCAAGUUUUUGA